AUGGAGGCGAUGGAGACAGCGAGCGACGAAACAUCUUUCGUAAGCUUCUCGCCCUUGACCCGCGCGGAGCAUUGGACGGGCACUGAACAGCCUUGGCCGUUUGACGAUACCCUGCCCGAAGAAAUUGACGAAGCAGAGACAUUCCGCACUAAUGCUACGGACGAUAUGGAGCACAUUUCGCAGCCAAUGACGGCGACUCGCAAUUCUGCUGAGCACGCGAACGAAGGAGGAAGCAGCCAAGCUACUAGCGCUACGACCUGCGAUCCUACUACUUCGCACGGCAACCACCAAGACUUGAUUAAUCACCAAGAGUCUGAUACCAAGAUGGAGUCCCACCCUUACGACUGUCUCGACAGACAGGACACGCCAUCUCGAGAGAUCACUGGGCCGUAUUUCGUCGACAGCGGACGCUACAAGAGGCCAACCUACACGAGUGGACUCCCACCGACACACGAUCAAGCCCAGGAGUCAACCGAGCAGCAAUCUCGGUCCAGACAGGAUGAUAGCCAGGUCGAAGGCGAGGACGACCUAUUCAUGCAGUAUGCACCCAAAUAUGAGCUACGACCUCAAGGCCGAAUCGUCAACAGCAGUUUCACGAGCACUUGGAUAGACCAAGAUAAUACCGGCAAUUACGAUUCGGAAGAGGAGGAGCGUCAACUGAGGGCCAAGCGCAAUCAAGUGAGGCUAAGGCGGCGUGUGGACUCCGUAGCUGACCAUUCGAGUGAAGGGAGCAAUGGCGAUGAUGACAUAUCUGCUCCUCACGAGCCACGGAAAUUGGUGACGAGAUUACCAUUCACCACUGCAUCUGGUCGUCUGGCUCUGUACUCGAUACUAAAUAAGCCUCCUGCUCGUCAUGAAGCGGAGAUUGAUCAUUUCUCAAUUGGCUACCGACUGCGCAGUCAAGCAGCAUCUGCAGCCGAGCCAAAGCAGAGCAGAAACGCCGAGCAUGGCCUGCCGGAAGAUCUCACGGGUCAUCCCAUCGCUCGCGGAUGCUGGGGCUGCCUCGACCCAGGCAAAGACGACUGUCCUCUACUGGAGUACGAGCAUACAUACCCAUGUCACGCCUGCCUCGAAUCUAGCUCGGAAUGCGAACUCAUCAUACCGCCCACAUCCAAACGAGUAUGCGAAAGCUGCAAGCGCCGACGCAGAACUUGCUCGUACACCUACAACGACUUGCACAACGAGCCCUGCCUCGACUGCGCAGACGACGGCUUUCAUUGCGUAGCCGGACCAGCCAAAGACACCAUACGCAGCCGCAUCCGGUACGAUGCACCACCCAUAGUCAAGAAAGCUGCUCCAGCAAAGGUCUAUUGGACAUGUCAGCAGUGUCAAGAAGCGGGACGCAAUUGUUCGUUCACGAGUAAUGGGCAGAGCGUUCCGGAUUGUACGGCUUGCGAGAUGGACGGUGUUAUUUGUGUUCCCAAGCAAUCGGAUACGAAGCCUCAGCCUGGGAAGCAAGAGAUGGCCAGAAAGGCAGAGGAGCGGAGGAAGAAGAGGGUAGCUGCGGUUGAACAUGAUAAGGAGCCGCCCAGCAAGUCCAAAAAGACGGGUGUAAGUGGAAAGGAGAUUGCUAACAAGCAAUUGGUGGGCCUCGAUCAGUCAGACACCCACGAUAUCCUCCGACAAGAGGCGAUGUCAGGCAGGAACCAGUCUCAUAUCGAGCAGCGGACUGCAGCGAAUUUGGAGAUCUCACCACGAGGCAGGACUCGAACGAUUACAACCAGAUUUAGCCACCCGAUCCUCUUCAAUAACACCGCAACUGCCGCCAACGGCAUCUGCGACUUCUGCGAUGGCUCCAGCUUUGCGCUCCUCGGCUUCGAACCAAAAGCAGUCGAAGUGAUUGACUGGCAAGAUGGUCGUGGUCUGACAGAGGUCAGUGGAGGCCACAUGGGCGAAGGAAUGCCAAGUACUCGAAUGUGCAUCGUAUGUACCAUGCACCGCUGCAACAUCAUCACAUGUCAAGACCACUCUCUACGCAAGCUCCCAAAUGCAGACAAGCUGCUGCAACGAGCUGGCGCCGCGCUCACUGAUCUUUUCACUGGCAUGAUCCAGAAGAAGGACAAGUGGUGUUCGCUGUGUCCAUCACUCGCAUCGUACAAGUGCGAGACUGGCACAGUGGAUUCUCAUGGGUGGCCUUGCUUGGGCUGCGGACUUCUGCUCUGUGAGACAUGCAUGGUCUACCUAGGUGUGGCAGAUGGUGAUCUGCAAAAGAUGCUAGCGGGCAUGCGUAAUGAGCCCAGUGAUGAGAGACCUCUUGGGAUGAGAGCUGACAUUGAGCUGCUCAAGCCGGAUGGGUCGCUCGUGCGGCAUAUGAUGUGGUUGAGUGAGCAGGAGGAAGCAUCAUCUAAGGACAGAAAGAAGUCUCGGCUAGGUUCGAAGCUGAUGUAA